GCAACCGUUGACGCAUAGAGAUCGCUUGAGUGACGAAGAAAGAUCUCCGAAACAACCACCGAUAAAAUACUUUGUUUGACUUCGGUCGAACGACGGGUAUACUUUUCCCUAACGGUAAUGUGACUGCAGUGAAUGCACAGAAUGGACGGAGGUAUUUCCCAGUUGCCUGGUCCCUCUCUUCCUCUCUCUGCCCUGCGGCUCCUCGUCCCUCCGAUUCGGCUGGUCUCCGCAGCCAUCUGGCAGACAGUGGAACAGAAAAUUGUGUCAGAUUAUGGGCUGCUUGAGGAGUUUGUAUUUAUGGUUACAGAGAUUGUGCCUCAACUUCUCUCCACUAGGCAGCGGGCUGAACUCAUAUUGGGUCUCAGAGCACGGCUGAUCCUGGAGUUGUGCCGCUCUGAGGAGACUGCUGACCUCCAGAUUAUUCAGCCACAUCUUGACCGAAUGCAGAAUCUCAGAUCUCUGUGGAACGUUGAGACUGAUAAUACAGAACAAGAAGUCUCCGACUCACAUUUCAUGGGCCUUGUCCAAAAUCUGCUGAGAGAUCCUGAAGAGAGAAGGAACUUUUUCCAGGAUGUUUUCCCAGCAGACUUUGGCCCCACAUAUGACAAAGCAAUCCAGACUCUCAUGUGGCUGUUUCUGUCCAGACUUGAAAAGCUUCUUCCCACCCAAACUCUCCAACAGAUUGCAUCCCUGCUCAGCGAUGCCUCGUCCGUUUUGAAUGAAUGCAUGGAGACUUUCGCCCAACCGCAGGAGCUCAAAACCUUGCUGGGCUCUCAGAAGGACCUCAGCCGGUUAGAGGACACAGAAUCUUACAUUGUUGACAGCGGCAUCUUGUCAGCUCUGUGUCUCCCUCCUGUGGAAAGAGUUGUGAUCGUCAAUGAACAAACGGAAACGGACGCAGAGAGCGGACUCGUGUAUACAGUCUGUACAGAGAUGGAGGUAGAAUCUGAGAACAAAGAGGUUUACAUGGAGGGAACCGGGAACUCGGAAGACUGUGUGCAAACACAGUGGUUUGGUAUCGGCAGCCAUGUGAAAGCAGAAAUGGAUACUGUGGUGGUUACAGAUCCCGUCGAAGGCGCUGAGGCUAGUGAGAGUGAAAUGGCAGAUGAUCACCACGGCGACCAGUCGGGAACAUUGAUCAUUGGGGAGGACGGCCAGGUGACGGUUCUUGACGGCGUGGAGAAGAAGCCAAAUAGACGUGGGAGGAAAAGAAAACGUCCCGCAGAUGAAGACUUCGAAGUGCAAAGUAGAGCGAGGGGCAAACCUGCAGAUCCAGACUUCGAUGUCUUGUGGACGAGACCAGUGCGAAAGAACCGUGGACUCAAAAUGAAACGGUACCUGUCACAGUGGAGAAAAUCAGGAAAGAAACAAGGCAGUAAUACUACUAACAGUAGCCCUAAAAAGUUUGCCAGAUCCCAGGGUUCAACCAAAAGCAAUGACUUAGACGAGAGAACGUGCAAAGUGUGCAGCAAGGUGGUGAGUCGUGCCAAGUUCUUGGAGCGCCACAUGAAUCGACACUCAGAGGAGCUGCCUUUUUCUUGUCCUGACUGUAAAAGGUUUUAUAAGAGCCUGCGUUAUUUGCAACAACACAGAUGUCCAAAUGCGACAAAAGCAACGGCUGGCGACAAAGCACAGGAUCAAGAGACUGCAGCAGAUGAGGGCGAACAGUCGUCCAGUGGCGUUAUUUGUGAGGCUAACAAUGAAGAGCAGCCAUCAGACAACACAUGCCAGGACCCCGAUUAUUUGCCAUCUGCAGAGAGGAGGUCUUCCAAAGAAUCAGGACAGAAAAGCCCGGACGUAAACAAAAGUGUGAUAGAGGGUCCCUUCUACUGUCCUCACUGCAGCGCUGAGUUUAAGUGCAAACAGACUUUUAGGUUCCAUUUAAGAAACAUUUGCUACAAUGAGCAACAGGUGGAUCCUGAGAAGCCUGAGGAUGUUAAGCAUUGUUUCAGGUGUGAUGAAUGUGACAAGGCGUUCAAGUACAAAUCCACAUUAGAUUCCCACAAACAAACUCACAACCCGCUCUACUGCGAAGUGUGCAUGAAACUGGUGCGCGACUCGGAGGCGUUGGCAAUGCACAAAGAAUCCCACACCCCAUUUCAGUGCAACCAGUGUGAGGAGAAUUUCCCUGUGUUCAAGGCCCUUCAUAAGCACUACAUCGACGUCCAUAAUCCUACUGAGCCUUUUACUUGCACCCACUGUCAAACAACUUUCGCUAGUUUGAAGCGUUUCAUCAGGCAUGAGUGGAAACACACCGGUUACCAACCAUUUCAGUGCCCUCACUGCAGUAAACGAUUCAGAUCGUACUCUGACCUCGUGGAGCACCAGAAAAAGCACACUAAAGCGUAUCCGUUCCUCUGCUGGGAAUGUGGCAAGAAAUUCAGGCACGGCGUUACACUGACGAGGCACGUGGAGCGCGUGCAUCACUCCGGCGAGCCCGUGACCGAGAAACCCACACCAAACUUCCCCUGCACUCAGUGCGACAAGACCUUCACCUCCAGAAGAUGCCUCCUGAAACACGACAAUUUCCAUCACAAAGGGCUGCGUUUCCCGUGCGAGCACUGUGGGAAAGGAUUCUUUGGCAAGGACGCUUUAGUGAGGCAUACUUUGAUUCACACAGGCGAAAGGCCUUUCAAGUGUGAAGACUGCGGCAAGUCUUUCAGAUCCGCUGCGGAAUUAAAGAUACACAGGAGAUACCAUACUGGAGAAAGACCGUUUAAGUGCAACAUCUGUGAAAAAGGUUUUGUCCAGUCCUGCUUUCUAACCUUACACAUGCGAACCCACACAGGAGAGAGACCGUAUGUUUGUACAAUAUGUAGCAAGGGCUUCUCAAGCUUGCACGGUUUAAAAAGACACAGGAGACUUGUUCAUGCAUAAUUAAUGUUAACAUGAUGCUAAUUCCAGUGGGGAUGUUGUGUUCAAUGAUCCCCCAUCGAAGGAGCUCGGAGGUCAGCAUCAGCUUUAGACCUGAACACAGAAUCUGAUUUGACUCUGCUCAAGGACACUUCAGCAGUGUGGAUGUUGAAGGACAUUUCCUUAAAAUGUCUCUGGCUGUCAGAGCUUGAGUUGUUGAACUGUGUAAUUGUAUGUAUUGCAUUAUAAAAAUGUAACUUUUUUUUUUUUUUUUUACAGAAAUGUUUGCUGUAGUUCUACAUAAGAUUUGUAUGUAUAAAUGAUAUAAACCUUG